AGUAUAAAACCGUGCUGGCUGACGUCGCCGCUCUCUUCCCUGCCUAUCUACGAGCGCGAUAGGCAGUGUAUUUUUGCCGUGAAUUUUCUCUCCACAAAGCGAAUCCGCCUGCAUCUGUCAAAAUGGUGAACUUCACCGUUGACCAGAUCCGCGCCAUCAUGGACAAGAAGUCCAACAUCCGCAACAUGUCCGUGAUCGCGCACGUGGACCAUGGCAAGUCCACCCUCACCGAUUCCCUGGUGUCCAAGGCCGGCAUCAUCGCCUCGGCCCGCGCCGGAGAGACCCGCUUCACCGACACCCGCAAGGACGAGCAAGAGCGCUGCAUCACCAUCAAAUCCACCGCCAUCUCCAUGUACUAUGAGCUCAGCGACAACGAUCUGGCCUUCAUCAAGCAGUGCAAGGAUGGCUCCGGCUUCCUGAUCAACCUCAUCGACUCUCCUGGCCACGUGGACUUCUCCUCCGAGGUCACGGCCGCCCUGCGUGUCACUGAUGGUGCCCUGGUGGUGGUGGACUGCGUCUCUGGUGUGUGCGUCCAGACAGAGACAGUGCUGAGGCAGGCCAUCGCUGAGAGGAUCAAGCCCGUUCUGAUGAUGAACAAGAUGGACCGCGCCCUGCUGGAGCUGCAGCUGGAGCCUGAGGAGCUGUACCAGACUUUCCAGCGCAUCGUGGAGAACGUCAACGUCAUCAUCUCCACCUACGGGGAGGAUGAGGGCGGGCCCAUGGGAAACAUCAUGAUCGACCCGGUUGUGGGCACCGUGGGGUUCGGUUCCGGACUUCACGGGUGGGCCUUCACCCUGAAGCAGUUUGCUGAGAUGUACGUAACCAAGUUUGCAGCCAAGGGCGACGCCCAGCUGGGGCCAGCUGAGCGCUGCAAGAAGGUGGAGGACAUGAUGAAGAAGCUGUGGGGAGACAGGUUUUUCGACCCAGCUUCCGGCAAAUUCAGCAAGGCUGCCACGGGCCCUGAUGGCAAGAAGCUCCCCCGAACUUUCGCUCAGCUCAUCCUGGACCCCAUCUUCAAGGUGUUCGACGCCAUCAUGAACUUCAAGAAGGAGGAGACGGCUAAGCUGAUCGAGAAGCUGGACAUCAAGCUGGACACUGAGGACCGGGACAAGGAGGGCAAGCCCCUGCUAAAGGCAGUGAUGCGUCGCUGGCUUCCUGCCGGCGAGGCCCUGCUGCAGAUGAUCACCAUCCACCUGCCGUCCCCCGUCACCGCCCAGAAGUACCGCUGCGAGCUGCUCUACGAGGGACCCGGAGACGAUGAGGCCGCCAUGGGAAUCAAGAACUGCGACCCCAAAGCCCCCCUGAUGAUGUACAUUUCCAAGAUGGUGCCGACCACUGACAAGGGUCGCUUCUACGCCUUCGGCCGAGUCUUCUCCGGCUGCGUCUCCACUGGGCUCAAAGUGAGGAUCAUGGGACCAAACUACACCCCUGGCAAGAAGGAGGACCUCUACCUCAAGCCAAUCCAGAGGACCAUCCUGAUGAUGGGGCGCUACGUGGAGCCCAUCGAGGACGUGCCCUGCGGGAACAUCGUGGGCCUGGUGGGCGUGGACCAGUUUCUGGUGAAGACGGGCACCAUCACCACCUUCGAGCAGGCGCACAACAUGCGGGUGAUGAAGUUCAGCGUGAGCCCCGUGGUGCGCGUCGCUGUGGAGGCCAAGAACCCGGCCGACCUGCCCAAGCUGGUGGAGGGCCUGAAGCGCCUGGCCAAGUCGGACCCCAUGGUGCAGUGCAUCAUCGAGGAGUCCGGCGAGCACAUCAUCGCCGGCGCCGGGGAGCUGCACCUGGAGAUCUGCCUCAAGGACCUGGAGGAGGACCACGCCUGCAUUCCGCUCAAGAAAUCCGACCCAGUCGUGUCCUACAGGGAGACCGUGAGCGAGGAAUCUGACCAGAUGUGCCUGUCCAAGUCCCCCAACAAGCACAACCGCCUGUACAUGAAGGCCCGCCCCUUCCCCGAUGGCCUGGCCGAGGACAUCGAGAAGGGCGAGGUCACCGCCCGCCAGGAGCUCAAGGCCCGCGCCCGUUACCUGGCCGACAAGUACGAGUGGGAGGUGACCGAGGCACGAAAGAUCUGGUGCUUCGGACCAGACGGCACCGGGCCCAACAUGCUGGUGGAUGUGACCAAGGGGGUGCAGUACCUGAACGAGAUCAAGGACAGCGUGGUGGCUGGCUUCCAGUGGGCAACCAAGGAGGGGGCUCUGUGCGAGGAGAACAUGCGUGCCGUGCGCUUUGACGUCCACGAUGUCACCUUGCACGCCGACGCCAUCCACCGCGGCGGCGGCCAGAUCAUCCCCACCGCCCGCAGGGUGCUGUACGCCUGCCAGCUCACCGCCCAGCCCCGCCUCAUGGAGCCCAUCUACCUGGUUGAGAUUCAGUGCCCAGAACAGGUUGUGGGCGGCAUCUACGGUGUGCUGAACAGGAAACGCGGUCACGUGUUCGAGGAGUCGCAGGUGACAGGCACGCCCAUGUUCAUCGUCAAGGCCUACCUGCCUGUCAACGAGUCUUUCGGUUUCACAGCUGACCUGCGGUCCAACACCGGCGGCCAGGCCUUCCCGCAGUGUGUGUUCGACCACUGGCAGGUCCUUCCGGGAGACCCCAGCGACUCCACCUCAAAGCCCUUCCAGAUCGUCGCCGAGACGCGCAAACGCAAGGGGCUGAAGGAGGGCAUCCCUGCUCUGGACAACUUCCUGGACAAAUUGUAAACGGCACCUUUCUCCUCCUCUCCUCCCUUUCCCCUCCUCCUCCUCCUCUCUAUACCUAUACCCCCCCCCUUCUCUCCCCCUCCACGGCAGGAGUGAGGGACAGGACUGUACAGAACACAGCGAGCACCAUAUAAACAAAAAAAAAAAAAAUGAGGAAAAAAAAGAAAAAAAAAAAACUUGGCAAA